UGAAAGCUAACGUACAAAACCAGAGGGCAGCACAGGAUGUGAUCGCACGAUCCCUUCCGUGAGCAAUCUCCCAACUCAUCUCUGUUGACUAUUUUUAACUGUAUUUAAAUAAAUGUCUUUACAUUUAAAAACGACCGAAUAAAACUCAUGAGAUCAAACAAAGAAAAGGGACCAGGGAAAGUGAAAUGAGAACCUAGAGGAAAGCAAAAAAGGGACAAAACGGUACAACAAAACCAUUGAUGUUAAGCACGAUUUAAAAAAAAAAAAUGUUAUAAAGCUCUAGAGUACGCAUCGUGUGUCUUAACGAAGUCUAAAUAAUAUAAAGAACAAAGAAAUUGGUGAUACAAUGGCGAAAAGGCUUCAAAGAAUUCAGGAAAUGAUCAGCAGUAUAUUUGAAAAGGUUAAGUUCUACAAGACUUGCCAUUCGAAUGAGUUGAAAUCAUUACAAACAUGUUAUGAUAAGGUGCCCGAAUUGUAAAAAAUUACGAACAUUAAACAAGGAAGAACAAAGAAAGGAUUGAAUGGAGAAGCUUGCGAAGCCCCAGAUCAUAUGUCACAUCGAAAAAUCAGUGAAUUACUCGCUCUUCGACGCAAAGUGGAUACCAUGCAGUGCGAAAUUUGUGGUUAUGGGAUCGCGACCGCGAGGCACAGGCAUCCUUCAGAUUUACGAAUUAUCCAGCGGAGAGUUGAAGUUAAUAAAAGACAUUGAACGCUCUAAUCCGAUAAAAUGCGGUACCUUCAAGGCGUCCAGUCUCCGCGACAGACAUUUAGCCACGGGGGAUUUCAAGGGAAAAUUGAAUAUCUAUAAUCUGGAAGACCCAUCGAUACCGAUUUACACAGUGAACGCGCACAAGGAAAUAAUUAAUUCAAUCGACGGUGUAGCAGGGCAAAGCAUGGGAUGUGGUGCACCGGAGCUGGUAACAGGGUCUAAGGAUGGGAGCGUGAAGGUGUGGGAUCCUCGUCAAAAGAGCAGACCGGUUGCCGUAAUGGAGCCGAAGGAAGGCGAGACUCGUAGGGACUGCUGGACGGUUGCCUUCGGAAAUUCAUACAAUUCUGAAGAGAGGGUAGUAGCGGCCGGUUAUGACAACGGAGACGUGAAGAUGUUCGACCUGAAAACAAUGUCUCUUAGGUGGGAGAGUAAUCUAAAAAACGGAGUGUGCUGCUUAGAGUUCGACAGGAAAGAUAUACAGAUGAACAAACUGGUAGCCACUACCCUGGAGUCGAAAUUUUACCUUUUCGACCUUAGAACGCAACACCAUAAAAAGGGCUUUUCGUACCUCGUAGAAAAGGCCCAUCAAUCUACCGUCUGGUUGGUCAGACAUUUACCACAAAACCGGGAAAUCUUCGUGACCUGUGGAGGAUCCGGCUCUGUCUGUUUAUGGAAAUACAAUUAUCCAGAGAAACGGAGAGUGGCGGACGCUGACGGUAUUGAACAGGGUGUCGUAGGUACCGUGAAUCUUCUUCAGAACAGCACUCUCUCGACGCAGCCCGUGAGCUCUUUGGACUGGAGCCCGGACAAGCAAGGCUUGGCCGUGUGUACGGCCUUUGAUCAGUGUCUGCGAGUAAUAAUCACCACGAAACUCAAUACCUAUUGAAAGUGGAUUAGAUUAGGUUUUAAAACAGGUGCCUUAUCUACACCACUCUAUGUUUCUCAAUGGCUCCGUUUUUAAGUUGAACCACGGCAGCGAUCGACGCGGCACAAUUGAUGGUUCGCGAAGAGAGGAGCAUCUGUAACAACGUAACAGCUAAAAAUAUACAGAACGCAACGCA